CCACCCUUCUCAACUUCCAGGAGGAGCUACCGUUGCAGUGCCCGCCACCGAUGGACUACGAGCGCAUCCACGACCCGCCCCACCGUCAGUCGGGCGGAUUCUCCCCGGCCAAGCUGCGGGCGAUGCUCCUCGGGCUAGAGAAGCAGCAGCACGACAGCGAGGACAACUCGCCGGACGCCAACGACUCCGGCGAGCUCGACGACCGGAGGAGCUUGGAAUGCUCCACCUCCACAGAGAUGUCGAGCAACAGCGGCCACAGAUCGAGGAACCGGGCUCAGGACGACGACAGCUUCGACUCCGAGAGCAGCUCGUCGGGUCCAACUACGGUGAAGAGGUCGUCGGCAGUGUCCGCUUUGCUGCCGCCGUUCUCUAGACCGACGCCGUCCAAGUGGGACGAUGCAGAGAAGUGGAUUUCCAGCCCGACGGCGAACCGCACUGGCCGCACAGCGAGCGCCGCUGGGAUUCCGCCCAAGAGGUCGGCGUUUGCUUUCCCCGAGCACGGAGCUCAUCCACCGGCCGUUGCUAAGGUUGUCGCCGAGGUGCCGAGGAACACUGGUGGAGCCUUGGCUGGUAAUUCAGUUGGUUUCACUCAGCCGGAUUCCUUGAAACCUGCACAAACUGCUCCAAUAGUCGAGGAACCAGAACACGUAGUUAGGUCUGUCUCGAUGAGAGAUAUGGGAACAGAAAUGACUCCAAUUGCCAGCCAGGAGCCCUCUCGGACAGGGACUCCUAUAAUAGCAUCUAGCCCUACUUCCUCCCGGACACCAACUCCGCAACGCAGCGUUGAAUUCGGUGGUGCUAAUGUUGAUUCAAGCAAGAUGGGCAUGUCUGAGGAGGAGCUACAGUUGAACACCAGGAAGGAAAUUAUGGAUCUCGGUGAACGGCUAGGCAAGACAACUAUAGCUGCAUGGGCAAGCAAGGAAGAGAGAGCUACUGCAAAUUUCGCAAACGUUCCAGCAGAUAAGGCUCUAGAAAUCGACAGAGAGACCCGUGCUGCAGAUUGGCAGGAGGCAGAGAAAGCAAAAUAUCUUGCAAGGUUCCAGAGAGAAGAGGUAAAGAUUCAAGCUUGGGAAAAUCACCAAAGAGCAAAAUAUGAAGCUGAAAUGAAGAGAAUAGAGGCGAAGAUGGAACGAAAGCGAGCUCGAGAGCAGGACGUGCUUGCUCGGAAGCUGGCAUCGGCGGGGCGCAGAGCGGAGGCAAAGAGGCAGGCGGCGGAGGCGAGGAGGAGCCAGGAAGCGGCGAGAGCGGAGGAGCAGGCGGCGCAGAUCCGGAAGACCGGGCACAUACCUUCCUCGUUCUCAUGCUGGUGCUGGUGCCUGUGACCAUCUUCUGUGUGUGCUGUAGUGUUUGAGCAGAGAUAGAAUAGUGUUCCUGAAAACCUACCAUGUAAAAUGCAAGUACUGGCUCAUCGUUUAGUAGCAAGGAAUGCAAGUGUGGUUUCACUAUUUUCGGCCCCUCAAUUUGCAGAUCGGAUAACAUCUACGU